GCGGUACACGGGCUAGGGAGGCUGCCUACCAGGUACCUACCUAACUGGAAAUUGGUACCCGGAGGUACCUCUAGGUGCCUGGCAGUACCCAUUGUGUUUGGUGCUUCGCAGUAAUACAUAAUAUAAUACUGUAGUAUCGUUGCGCGGUGCGGGUGAUGCGCGUGCUGACCCCGAACCGCAGCAGUGUCUGCGCACCGCGUGUCCGCUUCCAAACUCGCCAAACCCGACGUUUGCUUGAUCUGCAGUGCUGCUUGUAGAUGCAUUGCUUGAGCGACACCACACAACUCACUUCAGACGCGUCCUGUAUAUGCAGUUGAACUGUCUGCCCAUCUCUGGACGCUCCGGGGCACCUCAGACGCGUCGGGCUACGCGUCGGGCGCCGCGCUGCCCGUCAACUUGAACUGUUGCCCCGGGAAGCUCUUCAUCCCACGCCUCGCGCUGCAGUUGUGCCAGUGUCGCCCCACCAAAUCACCAAAUCAGCCGGCGUCGAUAGACCAACUCCACUGCCACCGCUACCACCAACACGACCUGUUCACGCGACGAGCGACCGGCCUGCUGCCCUGUUGUCCUGUUCGAGGUCCCGGCUGUUUGCAACUUCCUCCUUGUCCUUUCUCGUCUCCCUACAAACCUCCUCUUAUACCUCGACGACGUGCUCCUACACAACUCUUGCUGCGUAUUACACGAGGGCAUGACCGACAUCGCCCAACCCGUGGACGUGAUUAGUAUGCACUAUGCCACCGCGCAUGCGUCAACCAUGCCGGAUCCACCAAUGCUGACAUCGACCCCGACACCUACACAAACAUCUACGUCGACAUCUACGGGUGACCCUGACGGCAAUGUCCAUCAUCUACAACAUAAUGAUACUGCGGAAGAAGCCUCAUCUCAAUCAGAUACACAUUCACAAUCACAGUCUACCUCGACUCGACCAACCGCUCUAAAUGUAUCCACCAGCGAAGCUUCCAGCACGCAAGAACCCGUAGCGGGACAAGAUGGUGAUACGACACCGCCUACGUCUGCCAUUUCUGCCAUAUCAAGCCAAGGAGAAACUGGAGAUUCAGGGACAUCAAGGAAGCUAGAGGACAAACAAGACCUGGGAGACGUGGUCCGAAAGGAUGAAGGCCAACAGAGCCAGACGCGAGAACAACCGCGGUCGAGUUCGACUUCUCAGAGUCCCCCGCCAGAUUCCGUGUCCGGGACGAAACGCACGGCAAGUGGUCAGAUCAAAAGGUCCAGCGUGAACGGCAUAGGAGAAGUGAUGGCCAAAUCAGGCAUGGGUACGAGCCACUCUCGGACAUCGAGCAUGACAUCGAACGGGACAAACGCGAAUGUUGUAGAGAUCUCCCAACAGUUACGUACCAAGCUGAAAUAUGCCAUGCUCAAAGUCCAGAAUGGCUGGCAAUCCCGAUCGUUGGAUGAGGUUGAGUCGCUGGCAUCACAAUCACCCCGCUCAACAGUAUCUGGAUUCCAGCAAUACAACAACAGCAAUGACCCGCAGUCAACCCUGCUCUCGCCCAAGACGGCCAUGGCAAGGAAAUUGUAUCGAAAUCACAGCGAAACCAGCGAGAGCGAUUCGUCUGACAACACCACAGCAGAAGCUCGCGGCUUGACCAGCCCGGCAGGGAGAUCAUAUGAUGCUCCAGCUGCAGGACGGCGUGCCUUGGCCCCGCCAGUCGACAUUGUGCCAGGGAGAGGAUCAGGCGCAGGCUCGCGGCGAAGACCAACUCCAAAUGGAUCAUACAACCAUGGUAAUGGUACAAUGCGCCCUCCACGACCAAUCAACAGCCAAAGAACGCCCAGCCAGAACGCGGCCAUGGAAGCCGACGCGGUCGAGACGUUGCUGUUUAUGGCCAGCCCCAACAACUCGGGAUAUAACCCACAUGCCAGUGCCUCUCAGGAGUCUUCUUCGGCUUCCUCUCUUCGUCCGGCAGAAGGUCCCCCACCGCCGUCACAGUCACAGCCGCCCUCAAAUCUGACAUCGCCAUUACGCACUCAGUUCAGCCAGACGUCCAUUGUGGCAUCAUCUCCAAAGAGAGUAGCUUUCUCCGGCAUAGGAUCGGACCAUCACCGGCAAACUCUCCACAAUGACUACCACCACAGCAGCAGCAGCAGCAAAGCUGCUCUGAUUGACCGCAUGCUCGAUGAAUUAUCUGAUACCAGCGACGACGAGCUGGAACAGGCUUUUCGGCAAGCCGAGAAGAGCAAGCCUGCCGCUACGGUGUUGAGUUGAUCUUGAAUUUUCUCUUCAGUUACGUUGACCUACCAAAUACGGUCUGGCGCGGACGGGGGAGCCUUUUUUUUUAAAUCUGGCCGAUUCGCCCAUGGUUGGGAAUUGGGACCAGCACUUAUUCCAUGGCAUUCUAUGGCGAAUUUCGGAAUGGAGUUUAAACAACCCUGAGAUCUCGAGUCUGAUUCUCUCACUGAGUUGAGGCUGCAUUUUCUUCAUUGUUCAAACUUUGGAUCUCUGCAACCUGAAAAAUGUAUGCAUGGCACUGGCACCGGCAACUUUGAACUGGCAUAUCUGAUAUAGCUACCUUACGCCCAAAUGAGGCUACGACGGUUAAUGAUUGUACACACACAUUGAUUGGCAAUUUGGCCAAUUUUCAUCUUGGAUUUCAUCUCUCAUCACGCUCAAUUUCCUGCUAUCUGUUACCGUUUGCUUAUGCAGUUGACUUAUUUGUCAGGCAGCAUUUUCAAUUUCGUAAAUGAGAACCACCAUCUUGGGUA